GCGCCUCCCCACUCAUAUCUGAAGUGUCAGAGCCUGGAGGGGCGGAAAAUGACAAAGGGACAAAAAGAUCGUACUGAGAAGCGCUCCACCAUGCCAGACUCACCUGCGGAUGUGAAGACACAAUCCAGGUUGACUCCGCCCACCAUGCCACCACCUCCAACCACACAGGGUGCCCCCAGGACCAGCUCCUUCACACCCACCACACUAACCAAUGGCACCAGCCACUCUCCCACGGCUUUGAAUGGGGCCCCCUCUCCGCCCAACGGCUUCAGCAACGGGCCUUCCUCCUCCUCUUCCUCCUCGCUGGCCAAUCAGCAGCUCCCUCCGGCCUGCGGCGCCCGGCAGCUCAGCAAGCUGAAGCGCUUCCUCACGACGCUGCAGCAGUUCGGCAACGACAUCUCCCCGGAGAUCGGCGAGAGGGUGCGCACACUCGUGCUGGGCCUCGUGAACUCCACCCUAACCAUAGAGGAAUUCCAUUCCAAACUGCAAGAAGCUACGAACUUCCCACUACGACCUUUUGUCAUCCCUUUUCUGAAGGCCAAUCUGCCGUUACUGCAGCGCGAGCUUCUGCACUGUGCUCGGCUGGCCAAGCAGAACCCGGCCCAGUACCUGGCCCAGCAUGAGCAGCUGCUCCUCGACACCAGUACCACCUCACCCGUGGACUCCUCCGAACUGCUCAUGGACGUCAACGAGAACGGCAAAAGGAGGACUCCUGACAGAACCAAAGAGAACGGCUUCGACCGGGAGGCUUUGCACCCAGACCACCCCAGUAAGAGGCCCUGCACGAUCAGCCCCGGCCAGCGCUACAGCCCCAGCAACGGGCUCUCCUACCAGCCCAACGGCCUGCCUCACCCGACGCCGCCCCCACCUCAGCACUACCGCCUGGACGACAUGGCCAUCGCGCACCACUACAGGGACUCCUACAGGCACCCCAACCCUCGCGACCUCAGGGACCGCACCAGGCCUCUGGGGAUGCACGGCACGCGACAGGAAGAAGUAAUCGAUCACAGACUCACCGACAGGGAGUGGGCGGAGGAGUGGAAGCACCUUGACCAUGUAAGAAAACUGCUGAACUGCAUCAUGGACAUGGUGGAGAAGACCCGGCGCUCCCUCACGGUGCUCCGCCGCUGCCAGGAGGCCGACCGGGAGGAGCUCAACUAUUGGAUCCGCAGAUACAGCGACGCGGAGGACCUGAAGAAAGGCAGCAGCAGCAGCAGCCAGUCCAGACAGCAGAGUCCGGCUAGCCAGGACGCCUCCACACCAGGUGCUGAGCCAGGCCGACCAGAAAUACACAGGGAGCUGCUCCACAGACCGGUGUCAGGAUACGUGCCUGAAGAGAUCUGGAAAAAAGCUGAAGAGGCUGUGAAUGAGGUUAAAAGGCAGGCCAUGUCGGAGCUGCAGAAGGCGGUGUCGGAGGCGGAGCGUAAGGCCCACGAGAUGAUCAGCACAGAGAGGGCCAAAAUGGAGCGCACGGUCGCCGAGGCCAAGCGGCAGGCGGCAGAGGACGCUCUGUCUGUCAUCAACCAGCAGGAGGACUCCAGUGAGAGCUGUUGGAACUGCGGGCGCAAGGCGAGCGAGACCUGCAGCGGCUGCAACACGGCGCGGUACUGCGGCUCCUUCUGCCAGCACAAGGACUGGGAGAAGCACCACCACGUGUGCGGACAGACUCUGCAGGCCCAGCAGGCCGAGGCCCCUGCCACGGUCAGCUCCUCGGCCGCGUCCAGCAGCGGGGCGGGCAGCCCAGUGGACACCCCGCCCGCCGCCACUCCCCGCUCCACCACCCCGGGCACGCCCUCCACCAUAGAAGCCACGCCGCGCUAGAGCGGCCCGAGCCCGGCCCCGCCCCUCCCUCCCCGUAAAACUCUUUCACUUUCCUCAUUCGCUCAAAGAUUUUAAACUAAGAUGCUACAAAGAGAGAGGACUUGUCUUGGAGUAGACGUUUGACACAGAAGGCCAAUAACGGGUCAUAUUGACUUGCCAUGAAAAAGAACACAAAGAUAUUCUUUGUUUUUAUUAUUAAUGUCAUUGUUGUUACUAUUAAUAUUAUUAUCAUUGUUGUUGCUAUUUUAGUUCCCUGUAAAUACAAAAAAAGGAGCCUGAAGAGACAGCAGAGAAUUGCAGACGAGUACAUUUGACCUCCCCUCUGUUCUUUUUCCAGUAGCUGGGAUCUGAAACUAGUUGACCUCAUUAAUAGACGCUUUACCAAACAGCAAACCAAGGGAUUACUAAUUGCUGUUGAAAGCUACAAGGAUAAUAUGCUCUGUGAUAAAGAGACACAUUUGUUUUGAACAAUAAGCGAGGGAGGGGAAGAGAGAAUAAGAAAAACAUCCUCAAGGGCACGAGUGUUGGACGGAGGGGGCGUAAACAUUUUGCUGGGAAUACGGCGGGCAUCCUAUGGUUACUGUCUGAACUCCGGGCGCCCUCAAAGAAAUACUCAGAUGUGCACCAGAUUGGAAAGAAACCCAGAUGUUCAUCCUUUUUUUUCCCCCGACUUCAGAAAGAAGCGUAAUAAUGUCCAGGUCAACGGCUCGAGAAAGAAAAGGGGUUUUGCAGCAGGGUGGACACGCGCAAAGGAAUAUAGCGCCGGAUCGGGGAAGGGAAACACACAAAACACACGUUCACGUUUUAAACGCGUCCCUUCCGGUCCCGGAACAGAACGGUAAAGUCAGCCUUCCCCGGCGUGGCGAGACGGAGCCUCACUUUGACGUCAUCUGGAAGCAGAGGGCUGAAAAACACCAGAUCCAUCCUGGAUACAGCUCUGCCCCCUUAAAUGUGUUACACUCGCUCAGCCCUGAUUUUCUCUUUGGUUUUCUAAAUAGUCCUCAUGGUGUAAAAAGAAAAAAAAAACACAUGUCCUGUGCAGUUUCCAAUGGUGAUUUAUUGUAUAUGUGUUGGACAAUUGUGAAGAUGCAUAGUAGAUUAACCAUGCCCACAACUUUAGGCUCUUUGUUUCUAGUCGGUGCAAAAAGAAAAGUUAUCCUAUCCGAGCUGCUUUUAUAUUUGUAUGUAUUAGUGAUAGUUCUCUAGUAGUUCUACCAGAAGGAAAAUUCUUUUUUUUUGUUGUCCUCAAGAAAACUCUCAGAGCUGCUACUUCACUCUAUUCAGAUCUUUUUCUGAGAACUAGCAUGCUUCAUGGAAUGCUAACAUAAAUGUUUUGUACAAGGGAUGUACAUAAAUGUAUUUGCACUGUCACAAGGACUCUAGGCAUGCAUCUUUUGGCAAACUCUUUCGGUAUAGUUCCAUUUCACACUGAUUUAAUCUGUAGUAUUAGCGUGAUUUUUUUUUUCUGUAAUAAGGAAAAUGUAACAAAAUCCACUAUUGUUGGUGAUGUUUUCUGAGCAAAAUAAGACAUCAUAACUUCUUUCUUUUUACUUAAGGGCCGUGCAUGCACAUCACUGAACGUUUGUUAAGUAUUGUUGUUUUUACUAAAAAAAAGAGAAAAAAAAGAAAAAAACUAAGAAACUAACGUUCCAAAUGCAGAGGUGUAGAUUGACAGCUUUAACACUGCUGAAUGCCAGGUUACACAGUAUUACAAAAGAAUUAAAACAUGGAAGUCAGCCAAAGACAGACACGAAGGACCAAAAUCUGAUUUUCUUCAAGUCAAAAGAGAUACACUCAAAUGCACGAUUAUUUAUUUUUGUUUUAACCAAGCUAUCAUCAGGUGAAACCAGUUUCAGCAAUGUUUUAAUAAAGAAAAAAAAAAAAAACCUUUAACCCUUUCCUGUCCAGAACCAAGACCGGCACUGCUCAACCAGUUUGGGGGAAAUAAUGGUGAAGGAAGUGGAUAGGUGCACUUCACACAGAUGUUAGAUGCUUCCCUUACACGCAGUAGGAUGUGUUCUGAAAAAAGAGCAAUAAUAUCCACGGUAGCUGAAAAUCUUAUGAGGCUUCCAUUCAACAGAAAAUUAUAAAUGAUAAAGAGUUUUUAGAUUCUUCAUCUUACGUUUUGCUUUGCUUGGAUAUUCAUCAUUUGUGGUUUCAACCCUCAAGAGUACUUGCAUAAUACUGGAAAUUUUAAAGCAGUGCAUUUUUUGUUUUAAUAUUUUUUAAGAACACCAAUAAAUGCCACAAUAUUAAUUUUUUUCUUGCUAAAUGCUGUUUAUUUUUGCACAGCGUAACAGAAUUAUUAUAGAACAGCAUAAAUCAACUUCAACCCAGUCAGCAGUGGGAAGGAAGAGGGUAACUGACAAGCACUUAUUCACUUACACAGCAAGUUUUUCUCCCAAUAACCAUGGUGCUAAUAGACGUGUGUUUGACCUUUGACCUCAUGGAGGUGGCCUGAUGGUGGCUUCGAGCAGUCUGAUCGGUGGGAUUCUCAUACACGCCCACGGUGUAAGCCUACGUUCUAGACUCUAAAGGGUUAAAUAAUCCAAAAAGGUGUCUGACACCCAGUUACGUUUCCUCAGAAGCUGUGAUUUUACGUGAAACGGCUAAGCCAUUUCAACACUAGUGUAUUGUGUAUUUCAAGAAAAAAAAAAAUAAUAAAAGGAUCAGUGUGUUACGUUAUUGCAUUUCAGGGCAACCUGGGUAAAAAAAAAAAAUUAAAAAGGAAGACAAAAAAAGAAGCGAAUAAAUAAAGCUGAAAACUCCUUGAAGCUCUAUCUCCUUCUCUCCUCUCCUCUACUUCUGUUUUGCUACAAGAUCCUCAGUGGCAAAAGUUUCACUCUACCUCUGACAGCAUGUUAAUAGCACCAGUUGCUGAACAGAUACUGGUCUAGUCAAACCAAAUGGGCACAAGAGAACAGGAAAAAAACCAAAACUUUAAGCUCAUACAGCUGCAAAACCAUAUCACUACUUGGUAACAAUGCAGACCUCAUAAAACGAAUGAAGAAAAGUGAGAAAAAAAAGAAGAAGAAAAAAGAACUUUUGUUAUGUUCCUUUAUGCUUGUCACAUAUACAGAUCACCCGAAGUAUAAUUUGUAGGUAUAACGAAUUAAAGACCGUGACUUAAAAGAAGAUGUUGACUCUAUUUGAUGUAGUCAAAACAGUGGUCGCUGAUGGGAAAUAUGGUGUCCUCAUUUUAUCCCUCUUUCUCGCUCUCUCUCUCCUCUCUCCUCUCUCCUCUCUCUCUCUCUCUCUGUCUCUCUCUCGCUUUUCUCUGUUGUUAGACAUGCUAUGGUAGGCCGCCUGUCGAUGUGUAGGCUCAUAUCAUGGGGAUUCUUUUUUUAAAAAAAAUAAUUCAAAGUGUUUAAAAUAAUGAAGGCUGGUAAAAUGACGCAUGCCUGUUUCGAUGAUGUAUCAAGGUGGGGGAAAAGUUACUGCAAUUUCCAGUUUGUAUAAUACAUAAAUAAUUUUUAAAAAAUUGUUGGAGGUGGUGGAAA